CCUCUCUUCUCCGCGUCCCUCCGAGCACCUCCAGUUGUUCGCUCCACCUUCAAGGUCAUCUUUUUAGCCGCAACCACGCCGAGAUCAAAGUGAACAGUGAGUUUGUCGUACCGAAAUAAUCCCGACGGCUAACCCCAGAAUUCCCCGGCCCUCCAUUUUUAGGACCCUUACCCGAUCGUACGACAUGCCGAUCCAUCCAUUAUUCAGUCAUACAGUAGGUUUGGCGCAUUAAAGCUCGGUUGAUGGAAUUCACGGGAAUUUCAGUCUUCUCAAAAGAUGGUCAAACCACUGUCUUGAACUCCCAGGGCAGGUGCUGGACUGUCGGUCUAGUCGGCCGCCUAAACAUUGCAGAUCCACCCAAGCGAAACUCUGACGUCGGCCGUGCACUUCCCCCUCAUCGUUACUCCGCAUUUUGAUGUGGUUGAUGUUCUCCGAUCAAGGGAAAACCCCGGCGGGACCCCUGAGUAUCCUCCGAUACUGGAAUAGAUUUGGGUUCCUGAUCCAGCCACAGCCGUCCCUUGGUUCUACCCGGCUUAAUCUCUUUCCGGGAAGUCGCUGCCACCUUCGUCAUAGC